AUGACGACAGACAUUCCAAUUGGUAACUCCACAGCCUGCAGUAGUGAAAACACACUCGCUCCAGAAUGGGGAUAUAUCUCGGCUCUUGUAUCUGUUCUCUUUUACGGUAGCAACUUCGUGCCCGUAAAAAAAUACGAGACUGGAGAUGGUAUGUUUUUCCAAUGGGUAAUGUCUAGCGCCAUUAUCACGACUGGAAUUGUGAUUCAGCUGAUCCGUCAGAGCACAUUCUAUCCUCUCGCGAUGACUGGAGGUGUAGCCUGGGCAACAGGAAACAUCACCGUCGUUCCAAUCAUUAAGACUAUCGGUAUGGGACUCGGCCUGUGUAUUUGGGGUAUGUCAAAUCUUCUGAGCGGCUGGGCGACAGGAAGAUUUGGGUUUUUUGGCAUUACUCCAGAGGUUCCAGAAAAAGUAACAUUGAACUACAUUGGAGUGUCUCUGGCUGUAUUCAGUGCUUUCAUAUUUGCUCUGAUAAAAAAUGAGCUCCACCUUCCUGACAGCGAUAUAGACAUACAAGAGGAUAAACAAGGGCUUCUAAGCGAUCACACAACAAGCUAUGGCUCCAGUACUACUGAAGAUCUCUAUACAACAACUAGUACACAGAAUGACCGAGUCUUCAACAGGAAAAGGAAUAGUUCUGUAAACCGGUUUGACGUGCAGGGAUUGGACCCAGACGAGUCGUUCAUUGACAGGAUGUCACCACUGAAGAAACGGGUCGUGGGUAUUGGGCUGUCACUUAUAUCGGGCGUACUUUACGGACAGAUGUUUACCGGAGCAACAUACGUACAGGAUAAUGUGAACGGUGCAAGUCAAAAUGUUAGUCCCCUACCGGUGAAGCCGGAGGGGACUAUAUUUGUCUCCGCCCAUCCGUUCCUCGCUAACAAGGUCUUGUCAAAUGCCGUGGCAUUUCCUAUUGUUACAACUAUUCCUGCAGUGAUAGCUUCAGUAUGGGGAGUGUUUGUCUUCAAGGAGAUUAAGGGGGUCCGGAACAUAUGCAUCCUCCUUAUUGGAUUCUGUUUUAGUGGAGGAGGUGCGAUAUUGGCUGGGUUUUCCAAAGGUGGCGCCGGAAGUAGCUUACCAAAGUGUUCCUAA